UACGUUCUUUCCGGUUUAGGAUUUUGUCCAGUGUGCUUGUUCUCUAUCGAGCUAAGGCCAAAUUUUAUCAAAUAAUUAAUUUUUGGCAACUUGCACCAAUUAUUAAUUAAGCAUAAAGUAUAACAAUGUCGACAAAAGCUGAGCUCGCAUGCGUCUACGCCUCCCUCAUUCUGGUCGAUGAUGAUGUUGCCGUCACUGGCGAGAAAAUCUCGACCAUCUUGAAGGCCGCCAAUGUUGAUGUGGAGCCCUAUUGGCCCGGUCUGUUCGCCAAGGCGUUGGAGGGCAUCAAUGUCAAGGAUCUGAUCAGCAACAUUGGCUCCGGUGUUGGCGCUGCUCCAGCUGGCGGUGCUGCUGCUCCCGCUGCCUCCGAUGCGCCCGCCGCUGAGGCCAAGAAGGAGGAGAAGAAGAAGGAGGAGGAAUCCGAUGUCUCUGACGAUGAUAUGGGAUUCGGUCUCUUCGAUUAAACAACAAA